CCACUAGACGCCGCUGUGUUUGUUUUUUGCAAUUUCUUACGCUUUCUUCUGUAUUUUCUCUUUAAUCGUACGGCCACAGAUUCCUUGACAGAGGAAAUUGGAAGAGAAGAAGAGGAUGCCGGCUUCCACGUGCGCCUCGGCCUCUUCAUCCGCCGCGAACUCCACUGCCAACGGCGGCAGCAGUGGAGGAGGAGAGAUCAUGCUUUUCGGAGUCCGAGUGGUGGUUGAUUCCAUGAGGAAAAGUGUCAGUAUGAACAAUCUUUCUCAAUAUGAACAGCCUCAUGCAUCCAACAGUGGUAACAGAAUUAACGAAAAAAGCAACAACAAUAAUAACAAUAAAGGAGAUGACAACGGCACCGCCUGUUACGCCUCCGCCGACGACGCCGUUCCUCAAUCCACCGGAAAUCGGGAGCGCAAACGAGGGGUUCCGUGGACGGAGGAAGAGCACAAGCUGUUUCUGUUAGGAUUGCAAAAAGUAGGGAAGGGAGAUUGGAGAGGGAUUUCUAGAAACUUCGUUAAGACUCGGACGCCAACACAAGUGGCGAGUCAUGCUCAGAAAUACUUUCUCCGGCGAAACAAUCUCAAUCGCCGCCGCCGUAGAUCUAGCCUCUUCGAUAUCACCACCGACACGGUAGCGGCAGUUCCUAUGGAAGAAACUCAAGUUCAUCCACAAGGGAACACAACUCAGCCAUCUGAAAUUAAUGGGUUUCCUAUGAUGCCGAUAGCUUUUCCCAUGACUGUUAAUCCGCCGGUUCCAAUGGAAAAUCUAACAUUAGGACAAGGGAAUCAAUCCAAUAAUAAUAAUGCAACAGCAAAGCUCAUCCGUCCUGUUCCUAUUUCCCCAGCUCCUCAGGCAUCUGAUCUUAACUUGAACUUGAAUUCAGUCGUCGGUCCUUCACCAUUGUCACUCCAGCUUUCUUUGCAACCUGAUCAAAAGGAUUCGUCUUCUAGGCAUUCUGCUUUUCAGGUGAUGCCAAGCUUCAGCAAUGGAGACAGCAAUAGCAUCAUCAGUGUUGCUUGAGAAGGAUGACCGCAAAAAUGUCAAAAUUUAUUAUUAGAGGAAAAACAAGAAGAUAAAAGAUAAGGUAAAGUUAGGUGACUGGGUUUGAAACCUUGGUUUUUGAUGUACAGACUAAGUAGGAAAAACCUGUCAUGUCUUGUUGCUUUUGUUGUUUUCUGUUGCUAUUAUAUUAGAUUCUUAUUCAUUUGUCUGUUUUUGCUCUGCUAGCUGACUGAUGUAUAACUGGAUAUAACAAGUGCUGCCUCUAUUCAUUACUGAUCUUGCAA